AUGGGUGAAGAGAGCAUGUCGCUUUUAUUCCUAGAUAUGGAUGAGAUUUUCGAACAUUUCCAUAAAGUAUUUGAAGAUAUGACAUUUUCAGGGUUCUUUACUCCAAAGUUCAGAGGUCAGUCACCACGUGAUGAAAUGCUACGCCGACCGGAGAAUGAAUCAGAUUAUUUGCAAGUGCCAGAGCCGUGGAUUCCUUUUCCCUUUUAUGGAGACUUGGUCAGACCAGAUAUGAUGGACAGAAAAUUGUUUAAUGAAACCUUGAAGCAAAUAAAUCCUCCUGACUUUAAAAAAGGAGACAUUAUCAUUGAUGGUCAACCAACUAAUGCUCCGUAUGCUGAGAAGCGUGACUCAUCAGUACGUAGUUGGGUCAGUUCUUUCACCAGCAAAAAACUCAUAGUGAAUAACGGCGAAGUGAAAGAGUUACAGAAAAGAGUGGUUCGUGAACCAGAUGGUACUGAAGUUCAUACCACGAUUGAACGGUCAUCUGAUGGGGAAAAGAAGCAUGUUAUUUAUAUGAGACCUGAUGGUCAACAGUCCCAAGCUACGAAUAGUGAAGAUUUACUAAUUAUGGACCCAAGCGUUCCAUCCAUGAAAGAAUAUCAAUCGGAAAACAAGUCUUCAGGAAUUUUCGAUGCAUUGCGGCGUUGGUAUCACGGGAAUUAA